ACCAUCAAUUCUCCAUUAUUGACUUUGGGGGUGGCUUUAGGGUUGUGCCCAUCGAGCAAGUGUGUAUUUGCGUGUGGUAAUUUUAAAUUUAUCGUCUCGCUAAUCCUCGCGGGUGUCGCCGAUCCGCCCCAAAUAUAUAUUUCAUAUGCUCGUGCCGUAGAUUUGAAGAAUUAAAAUAAAUUUGUGCUGAAAGCAAGGCUGAAAGUGUCACAGGCGAGGGAUGUUUUCUGAAUAAAGCAUCCGUUGGAGUGAAUUUCGGGAUUUUCUGACAGUAUAUUUACAGUGUCUGUCAAUUUUUCCCAUCGACCAUGAGUGGGUGAAAUAUUAAGAUAGAGAAUUACAGCCAAAAAGAGGAACAAUGACGAAAGGCUUUCGGGAGACUUCUGCGGGGAAAAAGUUGAAAUUCAUACGGAAAGUCAGUCCGUGGUGGAUUUUCUCCAAUUUACUGGAGUUAAGUGCUCGAGAUUUAUCCAAGAAACAGCACACACCGCGCAGUUGGAUUGAGGCGAAUUUUCAGAAGCGCGAAUGCAUUAAGUUCACCCCGAAUCCCAAGGAUGAGGAGCGAUGUUGCUGCGGCCAGGCACGUCUCACGCAUCCAGUCCUGGCUGGGGUGGACGUCGGGUCGCCGGCCGAUACUUGGACGCCCUUCAAGCACACCAGAUCUCAUCCCACGGACGCGUACGGCACGAUUGAAUUCCAAGGGGGCGCUCAUCCCACCAAAGCACAAUAUGUGAGAUUGUCAUAUGACACGAGACCCGAAUUGCUCGUUCAACUGUUCACGCGAGAAUGGAAUUUGGAGUUGCCGAAGCUCCUCAUCACCGUUCAAGGUGGAAAGGCGAACUUUGAGUUGCAGCCAAAGCUGAAGAAGGAAAUCAGGAAGGGAUUGCUCAAAGCUGCCAGAACCACCGGAGCCUGGAUUUUUACGGGUGGCACAAAUACCGGUGUCACGAAACAGGUGGGAGAUGCCCUGAUGCUGGAGGGUCAGCAGCGCACGGGACGCGUGGUUAGCAUCGGAAUUGCGCCCUGGGGCAUUGUUGAGCGCAAUCACGAGCUGCUGGGCCACAAUCGAGAUGUUCCCUGUCACAGUAUUAGCUCGCCACGAUCAAAAUUGGCUGUACUCAACAAUCGACACGCAUAUUUCCUGCUAGUUGAUAACGGCACUCAGGGGAAAUACGGAGCUGAGAUUAUCCUACGAAGGAAGCUUGAGAAGUACAUAUCCAAUUUGAAACUUCACCCAUUCACUCACUCCAGCACUCCUGUGGUCUGUCUGGUGAUCGAGGGCGGCACGAACACCAUCAGAGCCGUGCUGGAGUACGUUACGGACACACCACCUGUGCCAGUUGUCGUCUGUGAUGGCUCAGGCCGGGCUGCGGACCUAAUUGCCUUCGUGCACAAGUAUGCGGCAGAUGGUGAGGAGCAGACAGUGUUAGAGUCGAUGAGGGAUUAUCUGCUCAACACAAUACAGAAGACUUUCGAAGUGACAAUCGAUCAGGCGGAAUGCCUGUACCAGGAAUUGCUGCAAUGCACGCGCAAUAAGAACUUAAUCACCGUGUUUCGCAUUCAGGAUCGACCGGAGGGUGAUGUCCAGGAGUUGGAUCAGACCAUCCUCACGGCGCUCUUCAAGUCGCAACAUCUCAGCCCACCGGAACAGCUGAGUCUGGCUUUGACGUGGAAUCGGGCGGAUAUUGCGCGAACGGAAAUAUUUGUCUAUGGCCAGGAAUGGCCGCCAGGUGCCCUCGAUGAGGCGAUGAUGCAAGCACUGGAACACGAUAGAAUCGAUUUUGUGAAGCUUCUGCUGGAGAACGGUGUGUCCAUGAGGAAGUUCCUCACGAUUCCGCGACUCGAGGAGUUGUACAACACCAAACACGGGCCGGCAAAUACACUUGGCUACAUCCUGCGGGACGUGAGGCCACACAUACCGAAGGGAUAUAUGUACACUCUCCACGAUAUUGGAUUAGUGAUAAAUAAAUUAAUGGGCGGCGCUUACAGAUCCUACUACACUCGACGCAAAUUUCGGCCGAUUUAUGCCAAAGUCAUGAACAGCUACGUGAACACGCAUAGGAAGUCAUCCACAUUCCAGCGGCACGCUGGUGCGAAUUCCAUGAGUCUGGUGACUGGACUCUUGCCCUUCACGUCUGAGAUGGCGCUCUUUGAGUUCCCCUUCAACGAGCUUCUGAUUUGGGCUGUUCUUACCAAGAGGCACGAAAUGGCGCUGCUCAUGUGGACACAUGGUGAGGAGGCGCUGGCGAAAUCUCUGGUGGCAUGCAAAUUAUACAAAGCCAUGGCUCACGAGGCGGCAGAAGAUGAUCUGGACACGGAAAUCUAUGAAGAGUUGAGAAGCUAUGCUAAGGAGUUUGAGACGAGAGGAUUGAAAUUGCUGGAUUUCUGCCAUCGACAAGAUGCUGAGCGCACUCAGAGAUUGCUGACGUGUGAACUGAACUCGUGGUCGAGUCAGAGUUGUCUCUCACUGGCUGUGGCUGCCAAUCAUCGGCCUCUCUUGGCGCAUCCGUGCAGCCAAGUGAUCCUGGCAGAUCUCUGGAUGGGCGGCUUGAGGACGAGAAAGAACACAAAUCUCAAGGUCAUCCUGGGACUGCUAUUUCCGCCCUUCAUCAAGAAGCUUGACUUUAAGUCCAAAGAGGAGCUCCAAUCCAUGCCUCAGACUGAGGAGGAACAUCUGGAAAAUCAGAAUCUCGACUAUGAGGAUCGUGAGAAAGGUCAUCACACGAAUGAUGCUGAGGCUCUUUUGUCUGAUACGUAUUCAAUGCGAGAUACCAAAGUUCAUGAAAAUGGCAAAGUGGGUCUCAAUGGAUAUAAUGAGUUCUUAGCCAAAGUUUCCCUCACGGACUCAGACGCGGGAAUGCACCAGAAGGACUACAUGCAACUUUCUUAUGAUUAUGAAAUUAAGCAGCACCGUCCGCUUAAGUGGAAGAAGAAAAUUUAUGAAUUCUACACGGCGCCAAUAACAAAAUUCUGGGCAGAUUCUUUGGCGUACGUGUUCUUCUUGGUACUCUUCACGUACACUGUACUGGUAAAAAUGGAGAGAACACCUAAUUGGCAGGAGGUUUACUCAAUUGCCUACAUAACGACGCUUGGCUGUGAAAAGAUACGUGAAAUUAUAUCAUCUGAACCUGUAGCAAUAACGCACAAAUUCUCCGUCUGGGCAUGGAAUAUGUGGAAUCCGUGCGAUGCUGCUGCCAUCAUCUUCUUCAUGAUCGGACUCGUGCUGCGCUUCAGGCCGAACACGAUGGACAUUGGUCGGGUGAUUUACUGUGUCGAUAGCAUUUAUUGGUACCUCAGGAUCCUCAAUAUUCUCGGCGUCAACAAAUAUCUCGGACCUUUGGUGACGAUGAUGGGAAAAAUGGUGAAGAACAUGAUUUACUUCGUCGUCCUGUUGCUGGUCGUGCUCAUGAGUUUCGGCGUGAGUCGCCAAGCGAUUCUCUUUCCCAACAAUGAGGCAGAUUGGCGCCUCGUGCGUGAUGUUUAUUUCCAGCCCUACUUCAUGCUGUACGGUGAGGUGUUUGCCGACGACAUUGAUCCACCGUGCGGUGAGGAUCCUUCGCAGGAUCCCUGCGUCACUGGUCACUGGGUGACGCCAAUCACCAUGUCCAUGUACCUGUUGAUAGCCAACAUAUUGCUCAUCAAUCUGCUCAUUGCCGUGUUCAACAACAUCUUCAUCGAAGUCAAUGCUGUGUCGCAUCAGGUUUGGAUGUUCCAGAGAUUCACUGUUGUGAUGGAGUAUCAGCAGAAGCCAGUCCUUCCGCCGCCUCUAAUCGCCUUCUGUCACAUCUAUUCGCUUCUCAAGUACUUCGUCCGGAAAGCGAAAGGACUACAGGGGCCCCGUGACAACGGGCUGAAACUGUUCCUGGAGCGCGAAGACAUGGAGCGCCUGUAUGACUUCGAGGAGGAGUGCAUUGAGGGCUACUUUCGCGAGCAGGACAUCGUUCUGCUGCAGUCCACGGAGGAGCGCAUCAAGAGCACGACUGAUCGUGUGGAGAACAUGAGCCAGAAGAUUGAGGACAUCAAUCAGAAGGAGAAUCUCCAAACUGCCACUGUGCAGAGCAUUGAAUUCCGCCUGAGGAAAAUGGAGGAGUCUGCUGAUCAGAUUCUCUCCCACUUGGCAGUCAUUCAUCGCUUCAUGUCCACUCACACGUCGCUCAACAGUGACAAUCUGCCGAUUGGCCUUCAGCGACAGGACUCGAGGACGCGCAGCACGUCUGAGAAUGAAGCCGUGGCGACGCUUCAUCUCAAUCCGCGGAAGAAGUUCAAUCGGUCGCUGACUGAAGUGCGUCCGGAUGCGUACAUAUUCGACGAUGGUCUGCAUUUUGAGGUGAGGCCGGUGCCUGAAGAGAGCGAAGUGGCCAGGUCAAGGGAGACUCUCACAGAGGCCACUCUCGCCCGGAAGGUUUCCACGCAGUCUGACGAUUCGGACAUUUUCGGCGAGGGCGGAGGAACUGUGACCAGCAAACCCAUCACAAUUGAGGUGCCGAAGAAGCCACCGAUUGUGAAUGUGGUGCGUCAGGAGACUACCAGUACAGAGAGUCGGGAUACGCUGACGCCAAUUGAGACGAGCGAUGCUCACACAUUGAUUGGCGAAGGACUCUCCGCGGAGGACAUUGUGGACAUGAAUUAUGAUGGCACCAAAAUCAAGGGGAGAAGACGAAAUUCUUCUGCUGGUCGUCGUAAUUCUGAAUGCUGCUCCAACUAUGACAUCAACAGAUCUCAGAAUAGUCUUCAUCUGGGAAUGCCCAGGCGUCAGUUGAGUCUCACACAAUCAGAGCCAGAGUCCAAUGAGCCACCUGCCAAACCAAUUGUGAAGCCCAAUCGGAAUCUCCUGCUGCAAAUCCACACGGAGUACACGUCUAUCACGGAUGAACUGGAGAGUGUGUGUCACAUGUUGGCCUCGCCGACGACGUCUAUUCACGGAUUUGAGCGUCCGAAGAAUGUGAAUGAGUUGUCCAAUCCGGAAUUUGCGGCGUUUAUUGAGAAGCAACACCUGAAGGAGUGCGAAGAGAACGACUACGUGAUGCUGGAGAGAUUGCUGGUGGCCAGAGGAUCACUGGAGGACACGGACGAGUCGCUGGAGUGCAGUGGCUCUCUGGAUUAUGCUCAGCGUCGAAUCCUGAGAAGGGAAACGGCAGUUGAGCUUCCAGUGACGCCGUCAAAGAGCAUCGCCGGGAUGGCGGAGAAGGAGGAAGGUCAGGAGAGAUCUCAAAUGCCAACCGUGACAGCGAGGAGUGUUUCAGUGGAGCAACAAGUGAUCUUCUCACGUCAGCAAUCUCCUCAAGCUGUUGUGCCACGAACGGACUUCCUCAAUCCCAUCACGAACUUCAUGGAGUCGCGCAUCUUUAAGAAAUCCAGCGAGAGUCUGCAGAAGAACUCCAGCACGGACACAGAGUAUUCUCUCCAGCCUUACAGAGUGAUUAAGCAGAGCUCCAAUGAGACCAACACGUCGCUCAACAGUUCUGUGAACAUUGACAAUGCCUCGCUGGCGAAUGACUCUCUCGAGGCUGAUGCCAAUACCACGAUGAUUGAGAAUGUCCAGGCGACGACGACGGCGGAUGAUGUGAAGCCGUCUCCGGGGCGACGAGGGCAGUUCCUCAUGGGCGCAGUGUCGAGUGGCGCGGCUUUUCUGCGGAAGCAGUUCAGCAUUGAGAAGAGUCAGCGAAUUGAUCCGGAUGCGCACUCCUUCUCCACGCACUCGGCCAUCAGUGAGGAUGCGGAGGAGACCAAGGAGAGUCCCAAGUUCCUCACGUGCGCCUCGAGAGCCGGAAAAGCUGUCGUCACGACGAAGGAGAGCAGCUCAAGCACAGAAUCGCGUGAUGAGAGACAAAUUCCCACAAUCAGCACAAAUGUUGUGCAAGAUGAGAUCGCGCGAUUGUCGUCCAACAUCAAAAGCAGCACCGAUGAAGAGAAAGAAGCACCCUUCAGUGAAACAAUGUGCUGAUUCUUUCCCUUAUUCUGUCUGCAAAUUGACAUCUUGGGAAGAUUCAUCUGAUGUUCUGAGGUAAGUCAAAGAAGAAAUGAUCAAAAAUUGACUUUAACGCACGUUAGUUAUUUAUAUACUUAUAAUAAAAACCUUCUCAAUGGGGAUUAGACAUAUUUCGAAAGGACUUCAAACAGUUUUUGCAAGUCAAUAGAUUUUUCUUAUAAAAAAAACAUUACAUAUAAAAGGCCAAACGCCGAUUUAAUUGCAUUUCUAAUAACUUCUUCCUAGUCUGGCUCAGACUUAAACACUCAACUUUUAUCAAUUGUGAAGAACAAAAUAUAAUUUUUAAUCAAAUUUAUGGAAAGUUUUCCGCAUUGUGAGUUGCUUUUUUUCUAUUUCAUUUCAAUAACCAGAGAAAGAAUAUUAUUCAAAAUAGAAUACAAAUCUUAAUGCCAUAAGAAAGAAUACUUGAAGAAGUGCUUAAAUUAUUAGCGACAGAAGAUUUAGCUUCACAUGAGAAGAUGAAAUGAGUAUUUAAAGUGAGUACUUACGUGUUAAACCCCCCUUAAAAUGCAAUAAACAUUGUAAUUCUAAGACCUCUGCAGGCAAGACAACAUUGAUGGAGGAUAAGAAAUUUAGAUGUUAAGAUGAUUGAACCACCAAAUUUUACACAAUAUGUGCGCGGCCUAAACACGAUAUACAUUUUUUGUAACAUUUAAUUUAACGGAACAGAAAAAGAUGAACAAAACACGAAGUGAAAAGUUAAAUGCGUUUCAGAGGAAGAGUUGAAAUGUUGAAAUUCAGAAACAUUCUAAAGACUCAACUUGAGUAGGAAUUUAAGCGAAUGAAAAGAGUGAUUUGAAAGCAUUAGAGCGAUUACAGACUUCCGGGUGAUCCACGAGAGGAUUAAGCGAGAGCGCGACAGCUGGUUGAGACAUAAAACGCGACUAAUCCCUCGAUUGAAAACGGACAAAAUGACGGAUUCCUUGCGAAUAAUUUCGUGGACUCUCAAAAGCAUUAAAUUCUUCUGUAAAUUUUCCAUUUUCGCAAUUUGAUCGUAAAAUUUCACGGUUUUUGACAAAAUGAAUAAAUCCAAUUGACAGCUGAGAGCGGAACUCGAAGUAACAGUGGCGCUAGUGUUGACAAAGAGGAAUAACCUUUGAGUGUGUUUAGCGCCAGAUCAGCCACGAAUUAUGACUGAUCCCAUCGCUGAGGAUUGAACCCAGUUCGCGCCGAUUCUAGGUUAAUCCGCAAGUCUGUAAUCGCUCUGAUGGAAAUAUUAGAAUUUUUCGAAUGAAUAGAAGAAAUAAAAAGUCAUUGACAAUACAUUUUGAAGAUUCGCACAUAAAUGUUAAGAAUUGAAUCUUCGAAUCACGCAUAGAAUUCUCUAAGAUUGAUUCACAUGAAGUAAAUUCGAUUGUUUUUAGGCUCUAAUAAAAUUUCUCAAUAAGAAAAAAAA